AUGGCUUCCAAAAAAGAUGGCCAACAGGCCAAGGCGACUGGCGCGCCCGAAGGCUUCACUCCUGAGCGCUUCGAGAAAGAACUCAAGGAGCUUGCGACAAAGGCCAAGGAGGAUACUUUUGCGAAGCGUGCUACCGGACAGGCUCUUGUCUACCUCAAGACAUUGGUGCUCCUGGGAUUGUUGGGCGUCGCUUCGAGCGCGUCGCAGCUAAACCUGUCCCCUAUCUAUGGCUCCAUUCCCGCUGCCGCCACGCACGCGACUGCUCUCAAGGUCGCAUGCUUCAUCGGCUGGGCUGCCAACUUGAUUCUUCGCAUGUUUAUUCCUAUGUCUACCAUGCAACUUCUCCCGGUGAUCGCGCUCAACAUCCCGGCGAUUCAGUUCCUUAUGGGCUGCUUCACUGAUCGUCUUGGCAACUGGUGGGGCCCUCUUCUUAUUGAGGGCUGCACUCUGUUUCCUCUGGCUGUCUUCUCCGCAGCUUCCGUCGCGGAUGUUCUCGAGGAUGCGGACUUGAGUGCUCUUCCCAAGUUCUUUGCUGAUGCGGCACCUGGCAUUGUCUCUUGGGCCCUGUUCAGACUGGCUGAGAACCGGUCAAUGGAGACGCUUCAGGGCGUUAUUGGAAGCACCUUCGUGUUCACCCGAAUUGGCCUAGAACUUGUUGUAGGGGCUAUCUAUGCUAUCAUGGCACCUUCCAAGUAUCUUGUUCUUGCUAUUCCCGCACUGUUGCAUACUGCUGUUCUGAACACACAUGUUAUGACACCCAUGGCUAUGGAAUCUCUUAACAGCACCCUUUUGGCUCAAAACUGGACUCUCCUGGACCGCCGCGAGUCUUUGACUGGCUACGUCUCAGUCAUUGAGAGCCUCGAAAUGGGUUACCGUCUGAUGCGAUGUGAUCACAGUCUUCUUGGAGGUCAGUGGGUUCGUGUUCAGGGCCGAAAGGUGUCUGAGCCUAUCUACGGUGUUUUUGUCAUGCUCGAGGCUGUCCGUCUUGUUGAGCGGGAGACUCCUCUGGAGGACAAGGAAGCUAGUGCGCUUAACAUUGGUCUUGGUAUUGGAACUACACCUUCUGCUUUCGUCAAGCAUGGCAUUGAUACUACUAUUGUUGAGAUUGACCCUGCAGUUCACGAGUUUGCUCAAAAGUACUUUGACCUCCGCGAGAACAACCCUGCUGCUGUCCAUGACGCCGUCUCGUACACUGCUGAUCUGGUCAAGCAAUCCAAGACCUAUGACUACAUCGUCCACGAUGUGUUCACUGGUGGUGCUGAGCCUGUCGACCUCUUUACUCUCGAGUUCCUGCAGGGCCUGGGCGACUUGCUGAACCCUGAUGGUGUCAUUGCCAUUAACUACGCUGGUGACUUUGGUCUUCCCACCCCCGCGCUUGUCUACCGCACCAUCAAGAAGGUCUUCCCCUCAUGCAGAACCUUCCGCGAGACCCCUCGCGAUGAUAAGAAUGUUGAGAAGUGGGGAAGCGACUUCACCAACAUGGUCAUCUUCUGCCGCAAGACUCCUGGAGAUAUCAAGUUCCGUCGUCCCACCAACGGUGACUUCCUCAACAGCCAGGUCCGCCGAAACGUGCUCAUGCCCAGGUACGAGAUCCAGGAGCAGGUCUUCCUUGACGAUGAAGGCACGGAUGUCCUCACCAAGAACGAGACGAGCAAGAUUACCAAGUGGCACCAGUCUAGCGCUGCUGGACACUGGACUAUCAUGCGCGAGGUUCUGCCCGGUAAGAUCUGGGAGCAGUGGUAA